UAGCGCGGAAGAGCCGCUCUUCCGGGCGCCGGCCCCCGGGUGAAGGCCGCCUGUGGGAAGGGGCCGGUGGCCCCAGCGUGCGGUGGGCUUGGGGCGUUGUAAGUGGAGGCAUGAGCCCUCCUUACGCUUCGCCAUGAGUUUCCUGAUCGACUCCAGCAUUAUGAUUACCUCCCAGAUACUUUUUUUUGGAUUUGGGUGGCUUUUUUUCAUGCGCCAAUUGUUUAAGGACUAUGAGGUGCGACAAUAUGUUGUACAAGUGAUCUUCUCUGUGACUUUCGCGUUUUCCUGCACCAUGUUUGAGCUCAUCAUCUUUGAAAUCUUAGGCGUAUUGAAUAGCAGCUCCCGUUAUUUUCACUGGAAAAUGAACCUGUGUGUAAUUCUGCUGAUCCUGGUUUUCAUGGUGCCUUUUUACAUUGGCUAUUUUAUCGUGAGCAACAUCCGCCUAUUGCAUAAACAGCGACUACUUUUUUCCUGUCUCCUAUGGUUGACCUUUAUGUAUUUCUUCUGGAAACUAGGAGAUCCAUUUCCCAUUCUCAGCCCAAAACAUGGGAUCUUAUCCAUAGAACAGCUCAUCAGCCGGGUUGGUGUGAUCGGAGUGACUCUCAUGGCUCUGCUGUCUGGAUUUGGUGCUGUCAACUGCCCGUAUACUUACAUGUCCUACUUCCUCAGGAAUGUGACUGACACAGAUAUUCUAGCCCUGGAGCGACGACUGCUCCAAACCAUGGAUAUGAUCAUAAGCAAAAAGAAAAGGAUGGCAAUGGCACGGAGAACUAUGUUCCAAAAGGGGGAGGUGCAUAACAGACCUUCAGGAUUCUGGGGAAUGAUAAAAAGCGUUACUGCUUCAGCACCAGGAAGUGAAAAUCUUACUCUUAUUCAACAGGAAGUGGAUGCUUUGGAAGAAUUAAGCAGGCAGCUUUUUCUGGAAACAGCUGACCUCUAUGCUACCAAGGAGAGAAUUGAGUAUUCCAAAACCUUCAAGGGGAAAUACUUUAAUUUUCUGGGUUACUUUUUCUCCAUUUACUGUGUUUGGAAAAUCUUCAUGGCAACCAUCAAUAUUGUUUUUGAUCGAGUUGGGAAAACUGAUCCUGUCACAAGAGGCAUUGAGAUCACUGUGAAUUACUUGGGAAUCCAAUUUGACGUGAAGUUCUGGUCCCAACACAUUUCCUUCAUUCUGGUUGGAAUAAUCAUUGUCACAUCCAUCAGAGGAUUGCUGAUCACGCUUACCAAGUUUUUUUAUGCCAUCUCCAGCAGUAAAUCCUCCAAUGUCAUUGUCCUGUUGUUAGCACAGAUAAUGGGCAUGUACUUCGUCUCUUCUGUGCUGCUGAUCCGGAUGAGCAUGCCUGUGGAAUACCGCACCAUAAUCACUGAAGUCCUCGGAGAACUGCAGUUCAACUUCUAUCACCGCUGGUUUGAUGUGAUCUUCCUGGUCAGCGCGCUUUCCAGCAUACUCUUCCUCUAUUUGGCUCACAAACAGGCCCCAGAGAAGCAUAUGGCACCUUGAACUCAGGCUGUUACUGAUAGUGACCAAUAGUAUCAGAAUUUGGAUUGAAGAGGGAAAGUGGAGAGGACCAGGACUUAAACAAGAUGCUGCGGCAGCAUAGGUUUCCUCCAGAGAUGAUACUGAGAUCGGGAGUAGCAUCAACUAGGCCUUGAGUAGAAGUAACUCCAGGCAGUCCUCAGCAGACAGCGUUCUGUGUGGAUUUUAGCCUCAGGCCAGGUGGGAGUGAAGGUUGGGGGGAAAUACACUGGAACUCUGGGGCAAGAGAUGUUUGUGGUAACUGGGCCAAAUACGUUGGAUUUCUGUUUUAAGUCAGUGCUCACAUGGAGUAAGUAGGCUGUGGCUUUCCCAUUAAAAUCAGAUUAUGACA